AUGGUUCAGUCUUAUUUUCGAAAUCAAUGGGUUCGUUGCAUGGUUUACUAUUUGCAAAUUUGGCAAGAGGCUCAAAUCAAAAUUUCGUGGACCGGACAAAUUUCAAUCAAAAUGGGCGAAAAUACGGUGAGCAGAUACAUAGAUAAGAGAAUUUUCUAAUUGGAAAUUGGGAUUUUUCAUUUCAGAUUUUCGAAUAUGACAAUUUCACGGCAACUGAGUAUUCCAGGUAUGAAGCACCAGAACCAUCGUUCAGUAAGUUUUGAAAAUAUGUCACAACGAAAAAAAAUUGUGAGCAAAGUAAGACAGGUGUCGCCUAAAACGUUUUUCAUAAAGUUUUCGGGAAAAAACUAUUCAGAGUAAGCGUCAUUUUUCUGGAGGCCUAAGCGUCAUUUUUCUGGAGUUUCAAAUGUUCUAUUUCCAGUGACUAAUUCUUCGACAAGUCUUCAUGUGAAGUUUGAGCAAAGCAACUUAGUUACUUUGUUCGUUCUUUUUGCCAACGAAGACGACAAAAAGUAAGAUAUAAUAAAGACGGAAAACUUAAUGAUAAUGAAUCUAUUUUACAGAAUAAUCAUGCGUCAUGUCUCAACCAGACCAUAA